AUGCUCUACACCAAGACCGCCGACGGAACCCAGCAAACCGGGUUCCUCCCACCAGACAUGAUCGCAAAGAGUAUCGACCUCUGGUUAGAAGAUGAUUUGGCCGAGGAUGACGAUGAAAGAGUAUCAUACAUCGUGGAAGCCUUCAGUGAGGUCGUCGUCAAUGAUGCGCCACCAGCUCCAGGCGGAGAGUCGUUCAUGGGCAUCAAGUCGAUUCCAACACGGUUGCUGAAACGAAACGUGAUAGUUCCCCUGCAAGCCAACAGCUCCGUUGAGAAGACAGAUGAGGAGACCGACUACAAGAAGCCGAGCUGGCUUGUCCUCCGCCACUAUCCUAUCUCUCAGCUAGAAGGUCUGGCGAAAUCGUUCGGGGGAGAUGAAAACCCUAGCAUCGCUGAAAGUAUCAAUCAAACCUGUCCUUCGCUGGAUCAUAUGACCCAGUUUUACGAAUCGCGGACUGGAACGACCGUUGGAGUAAACGCCGAUAUCACCCAUGAGGGUAGAAAGUAUCAUGUCACCCCUUCAUGUCUCAUUAACAACAUCCGUGCAACUGGAGAGAGUGUUGUGGAGGAUCAUAUUUCUCCACACAUCCCUCGCAGAUAUCAGCGCGCCUUCCAAAACAGCCUCGUGGAAAGUAUCAACCAUUCGAUCUCUGAGAGUUUCAUUCGCGAUGGACAAGUGGUGAAGGAUAACGAUGCCUACGCGUCGUACGAUAAUGAUGAUGCCUAUUAUAAGAACUUGGUGUUGAGAGUGAACGCGGCCUCAGCUGAUAAACGAGGAGUUCCCGGAACUAUUGUUGUUCCGAACUACCCAGGCGAACUCCUUGAGGAAGUGAAAGCGCGUUCAAUCACAGAGCUUGGACUUCGCCCCUCGGAGGAAGAAGAACUCGCCUCGGGUCCAUAUGGCAUUCUCACCGAGUAA